AAUGUAAGUGCAGCAUGUUUAGGUUUGUAAGAUUACAUGAUUUCCGUUUAAAUAGUCUUCAAAUCCAAACCUCUCUAGGUUUGCCAUCACCUGUUCCAUCUUCCCCAAAAUAGUUAUUUUCUUAGUCCACAUGGCAAUUUCAAUAGUAACAACAGCCUCUGGUGCAUCUUGGCAGGAGGUCGCCAAAGAUAGGCAAAGACACCGCGAUGGGACCAUCGCAGCUGUCCAGCCAGCUAUCCCGGAUAUCACUAACAUUCCAUUGAACACAUUAUCAGUUGCGAGACAAGUACUUACACCUGAUGAAAUCAAAAUUACUGAAGCUACAGUCGAAGAUUUGUUGACUAAACUUGCGAAAGGGGAGUUAAGUUCAACCGAGGUCACGAACGCAUUCUUGAGAAGAGCCGGAUUGGCACAAAAAGUGGUAUGUGUACCCAUUCAUACGCUUUUACAUGUGACUAAUCCAUAUUCAGACUAAUUGCAUCACCGAAUUAUUACCCCAGCGAGCCCUUUCUCGUGCAAAAUACCUAGAUGAGUAUCUCAAAACGAAUGGAAAGACUCUUGGUCCCCUCCACGGCUUACCGAUAAGCGUAAAAGAACAUGUUGGGAUCAUAGAUUUGGAUCAUAAUGCCGGAUUUGUUGCUUGGGUUGGCAAGAUAAGUCCAGUUGAUUCACAUAUUGUGGAGAUUCUAUUGAAUGCAGGUGCAGUUUUAUAUGCUAGGACCACACAACCGCAGAGCCUAAUGCAUUUGGAGACGAGUAACAACAUAUACGGGUACAUCUCUCUGACAAUUUGAAUUGACCUCGCUGAUAUGUUUUAGAGUGACUGUAAACCCUUUCAACACUACGUUGACUUGUGGCGGCUCUUCUGGAGGUGAGGGAGCGUUGAUUGGGUUCAGGGGCUCAUGUCUUGGUAUUGGAACUGAUAUCGGUGGUUCAAUUCGUUCACCAGCGGCAAACAACGGUAACGGACAGAGUGAAAUAGUCGAAUAAAAACAUGCUUACAAUUGUACAGGCUUGUAUGGUAUGAAGCCAACAACACGUCGACUACCAGUAGAGGGAUGGGCUGCAACGAUGGCUGGUUCCGAACACAUCCUUGGCACAAUCGGACCAUUAUCAACAAGCUUGGAAGGCUGCAAAAUCUUCAUUAAAACGCUUAUUGACGCGAAACCUUGGUAUAAAGAACCCUCUCUUUUGCCUUUUCCUUGGAAAGAAGAAGAUUUAUUUUCUGGUAAGAAAUUGAAGGUUGCCAUUUUAUGGGAUGAUGGGGUUGUCAAACCACAUCCGCCAGUUACCAGAGCGUUGCAGCAAGUUGUGGACAAGCUCAAAACGAAUGACAAUAUAGAGGUGGUUGAGUGGAAGCCUUACAAGCAUGACCUCGCUUGGGAUAUAAUUGUGAGCAUGAUGCCUUCCGUAUCGUUUCCACUACUAAUUUCUUUUAGGCCAAUCUAUAUUUCUCGGAUGGUGGACAGCAAGAACUCGAUGCGAUCAAAGAAUCCGGAGAGCCCCUGCGACCUCUCACUGAGCACAUCAUCACUCAAAACCAGCACGUACAAUCACAUAGCAUUGCCUCCAUGUGGAACUCCCAAGUACAACGAGACAACUAUCGUACUGAAUAUGCAAACCUAUGGAACGAAACAGCGACUUCGAAAACACCAAGUGGUGAGCUAGAAGGAAUGGUAGACGUCAUAUUGUCUCCAGUUGGACCGGGGAGUGCGCCAAAACUAGAUACUGCUAAAUGGUGGGGAUAUACCUCGCAAUGGAAUCUGUUAGAUUAUCCGGCCAUUGUGUUUCCAGUGGAUAAGGUCGAUGUCACUAAAGACAACGUCAAAGAGACAUAUACACCUAGAAAUGACAAGGACAAGUACAACUGGGAUUUAUGGGAACAAUAUGGAGCCGAGGGCUAUAAGGACGCACCUAUCAGCUUGCAGCUGAUUGGUAGACGGUAAAUCAUCACAACUGUUUGAAUUAAUUGUCGCUAAUAAUUUAUUCCUAGGUACGAGGAGGAGAAGGUUAUCCAGGCGUUAGAAAUCAUUCAAGGGCAAACCGGAUUACCAUUUGUUGAAUACAUUUGAGAACGGAAAGUGUUUAGUUGUUAUUCCUACGAUGCUUAUAUAUUUACUAUAUGUACUUUAUUAGAUUAGAACCUAUCUGCCAAUCAAACAGAAAGUCAGUAAAAUAUAUU